CUGACGCACACACUCUUACUAGAAUCUAAAAACAUCCCGUCCAUUUAUCUCUCCAACUGCUUCUUAUGCGCUCUCAUACGAGAGAGGGGGAGAGAGAAGCAGUGUAUAUGACUGUAUGCACAUUGACUGCUAGCUCCAGCUGCAGGGUGGCUAGCUAGCUAGCAGCUGAGCUAGCUGGUAGUGGAAAGUAGAAAGAGUGAGCACACCACCAUGGACAUGGAGGAGGCCCUAGCCGGCACUGCACAAGGCGACCUCUCCGACGUCGUUGCCCGGGCCAGUGCAAUGGCCGCACUUCCCUCAACGAGUCACCUACAGCCACCCCCUCCCUUUCCUGCAACAGAUCACAUGUCAUCUCCUGCAAUGGCCGGCCAGAUCAUGACCCCUUACGAAGAGGACAGGCGGCUUGCUGUGAGCAUCGCUUGUAGCGACGCGAUGAUGUUCGAGGGAGCGCCAUCGACGGCCGAUCCAUACUUGUCUUCUGCGACGGCGCCACGCGGCGGGUACUGGCUGCCGCCGCAGCAGCUGGCGGUCCAGAUCUCCCAGCACGCCUGCUACGGCCGCGACGUGGCGAUGGGUGGUGCUGUCACCGAUGUCGACGGCGACGAGGCCAUGAGGAUCUCUCCAGUGACACCAGCUGCUCAUCAAAUGAUGAAGAGAAAUAACGAGGUGAAGAAGGUGGUGUGUAUCCCGGCGCUGCCGGCGACAAGCAGCCGGCCAGGAGGAGGAGAGGUGAUUCCAUCUGAUCUUUGGGCGUGGAGGAAGUAUGGCCAGAAACCCAUCAAAGGCUCGCCUUACCCAAGAGGCUACUAUAGAUGCAGCAGCUCCAAGGGGUGUAUGGCGAGGAAGCAAGUGGAGCGCAGCCGCAGUGACCCGAACAUGCUGGUGAUCACCUACACGGCAGAACACAACCACCCUUGGCCAAUGCAACGCAAUGUACUUGCUGGAUACUCCCGCCCUCACACUCACGUGUCCCCCAAUUGCAAGAAGAAGAAGAGCUGCAGGGUUGAUCCGGCAAGUUCAUCGUCAUCUUCAUCAUCAUCCAACAUCAUCAACUAUUAUCCUCAGCAGAAUGUAUUCGUUGGCGGCGACCUUGACUUCCAACUACAGACGAACAUAAUUGAAGGUAAUGCAGCUGGGUAUGUCGCCUGCGCAAUCGGUGGUCUUGGCGGGGAGGGUGUUGUGAUGCAUGAGCCGACCAGUUGCAACGGCAUCCAAACUGCAGAUGAGGUUUUUGCAGAGCUGGAGGAAUUGGAGCCUAGCAAUCCUGUGAAUGCAAACGUCUACUCCAGAGGGGUAAGUUACGAGUGGCACAAGUUCUAAUCGAACAAGCGGGCCGAAGGUAUAAGCAAGGCUCUAUAUGGCUUAUAUAUCUUCUCUUUUAAAAAUAGGUUACAAGCACGAUCAAGUUUUACUUGAUUAAUUGGUGUGGCAAAACAAUAUAUCUUUGUGGUUAUGAUUAAUUCAAAGAUAGUAUAUAUUUACAAAGUUAGAAAUAAAAUAUAUGCCUCUACACUAUUGUUGCCUACAUCAAUUUGUCCUGUACUCCUGUAUAUGCGUGUGUGAAGUUUACCACAACCAGCUGUAUCGAUUCAAAUUCAAGUACGUACGUAGUACAUAUAUGUAUAUUCUGUGACUCCCUCUUUUUGGGAAGUAUGUAAC